UCGGAUUACAUCAUAGUUUUUGUGGCAAUGUGUAAGAGGGAGGUUCUUUUGGCUCUGAUCGUAUUGGUUCCUGUAACGAUCGGGGUACGGAUUAAUUUUACAAACUGCCAUUAUCCUGAAUGGUCUUGCGUUAACAACGCAUCUAAUGAUCUUGUUUAUACGUGUUCGACUGUAAGAAGUAGUGAUUUCAUUAUACACCUAAAGGAUUUUUAUACUGACGAAAUCCACAGCAUCACGGUUCAAAAUUGUAGAGACUUGAGAGUUGUGCUUGAUUGCCCUAUAUUACAACGCGUAUCUCAAUUGCAGAAAUUGAUUAUUAAAGACUGUGAUAGACUUGAGUUUAUUUCACUUUCCACCAAUUCACUAUUACAGACUCCACCAGAAGUGAGAAUCGAAAAUGUCAGAGAAAUCGUUUCCUUUCCUAGAAAUUUAUUUAAAUCUCCAAAUACUAAUACCGAACUGAAGUGCAUGGGAGCCGCUUCAUUUAAAAAGCUGCACGUUAUAAACAGUAAGAUUAACUCCAUUAGUACGAGAGCUAUAUACAAUGUCAGUGGUAUUAAAAGUAUGGAAUUUGAAAAUGUAACGAUAAGUGAUAUACAAACUGAAGGCAUUGAAGUUUUUAUGGCAAACAACAAUACACUGUUUUCUAUUAAAAACAGCAAAAUUGAAAACAUGGAUUUCAAAGCUGUUACAGUACAGAGUGCCACUGUUAAAAUUGCCUCCAACAUUUUUGCUGACGUGAUUGCAAAUGUACUAAACAUUUCAUCGGAUCAUUUAUUUUUAAUAAGCAAUACAUUUGAAGAAGUAUGUGCGAAUAGUAUAGCUAUAAACUCUAUUAACAUUGAUAUAUCGGAUAACACGUUUGAAUCUAUAAAAAGCAAUGCACUCGCAAACGUUAAGUGCUCAAGAAAACGUUCCAAUAAGAAGAAUAUCAAUAUCCUAAGAAAUACAUUCAAACAUGUAGAGCCAUAUUCUUUAUAUUUUGAUCACGCGAGUUGUAAAUCAGCUGGAGCUCAAAUUACAUUUCGUGAAAAUAAAAUUGAUUGCCGUUGUCGCAACAUUUCAUUUCUAAAUUCGGCCACAAAUAAUGAACAAAAUAGUUUAAUUUUAAAUGUUUCAAAUAACAACACUUGCUUGGUGACAUAUUGUAUACUACCAGUCGAAGUGGUAAAAUUAUUGCUAGAAUUAGAUAUGUGUCAUUUGAAUAUUGAUCCCCAAGUAAUGUGCUUACUUUAUAAUGAUAAACAAUCAAGUAACAAUAAGAAAAAUGAAGUGACUACUGACGAUGAAGUAACGGAACCAGCACCUACGUUCUAUUUGAUCAGGCAGGCAAACACUCUUAGUGAUACAGGUGCAGCUAUGACAGCGAUUGAUAAGGAUACUCUUUUGAAAGAUAGCAAUCUAAAUCUGACAAAUAGAACUUUAAUAAAGUUCGUUUUUGAUUCAUCAAAAGAUUUUGUUGAAACGUUACGAAGUACGAGUAGGACUCGAAAUAGACCCACAGAAAAGUCUCCCUCGAACGAAGAGUACGUUAGUCACUGUGUUGGUACGCAAUGCAGAAACGACAACGUUUACAAUCGGCAAAGAGCCUUGGAUUUUUACAAAUACGUCUACGCCCAACUACGCACACCAAGACAGAAUGAUAACAAGAUAAACAAAAUGUAAUUUAGUUAUCAAUGAGAAAUAAAUGUGUAGAUAAUAUUUAAUUGACUUUUUUGCCCCUUAAAUACAUAGAUAAUACCCCAAAAAACUGUUAGCAAAAUUAAUACUAAACAACA